UUUCCUGUUGAAAAUGUCUGUGUAAUGUAGAUAAAUGUGAGGGAUUUUCUCUCUAAAUCCGUCUCCUGUUCGCUAAAUCUCACUUCUCCAAAACGAGCCUGCGCAAUGGAACAAAGUCGGAAUAUUGAGAUGUGACAUUGCCCGCAUCUCAUCCUCUUUCUCCCCGUUUUUAAUGACUUCAAACAAGUUCCUUUUCGCCGGGCUUUGUCUUGCGGAGACCCGUGGGGAUGUCUAGCGCUCUUUCCUUUCAGUGGCAUUUAUGUGAUGUCUUCAAGAGUGCGAUGUGCUGUAUCUCCUGUAGCCACACCCUCUCACUACUGCUGUGCGUCCUCACCCUGACUCCGACGGCAACAGGGGCGGGCCCAGAGACCCUGUGCGGGGCGGAGCUGGUCGACACGCUGCAGUUUGUGUGUGGAGAGAGGGGCUUUUAUUUCAGUAAACCAACAGGCUACGGGCCCAAUGCACGGCGGUCACGUGGCAUUGUGGACGAGUGCUGCUUCCAAAGCUGUGAGCUGCGGCGCCUGGAGAUGUACUGUGCACCUGCCAAGAGCAAGGCUGCUCGCUCUGUGCGCGCACAACGCCACACAGAUAUGCCGAGAGCACCCAAGGUUAGUACCGCAGGGCACAAAGUGGACAAAGGCACAGAGCGUAGGACAGCACAGCAGCCAGACAAGACAAAAAACAAAAAGAGACCUGCAGCUGGACAUAGUCAUUCAUCGUUCAAGGAAGUGCAUCCGAAAAACUCAAGUCGAGGCAACACGGGGGGCAGAAAUUACCGAAUGUAGGGAGCGAAGGAAUGGACAAAUGCCCAGCGACUUGGGAAGAGAGAAGGGAGUGGCCUUACCUGGUACCCCUGUGGAAUGGUUCACUGUAAAACAAAACAAAGAGGAGGCUAACUAUGGUCCGAAACGCUCUCCAGAAUGAUUGAUACCUGAGAGUUAGGAGGCGUUUUAGGGUUUGAUGGGGGACCUUUAAUUCUUUUAAUACACUGCACCAUUCCAUACUGGGAGGAAAUCUUUGUUAAUGCAAUGUAACAGACUAGUUUAGCUGCUGAGACACAAACAAGAGCUUGUAAUACCUCCAUGUGUGAGCUGCAGCAUCCUCUGGCUCCAGGGAAAGGUGGGAACGGACGAGGGCUUCAGCCAAUCAGAGAACGGCAGGCUAUGUUUGAGAAUGAUUGGUCAAUUCUGCCCCCAAAACUUUGAGGAGCUAAAUCUUUUUGAUCUGUUCGAGUGGUUUCUUUUGGUAAGAAAGGCUGCGUAGUGAGUGGUCACAUAUAACAACUACUACCCAAGAUAAAUACUUUAUUUUUAUGCACCAUGCAUCAUUACUGAGGAUUUUUCAAGACAUAAAACAAAGACCAGGAGGUUCAGUAUCAGUUAUCUAUGAGCCCGAGUCCAGUCUGUACUUUUCAUUGACUUAAAGCAGGGUUUUUCUAUCCAAGUGGAAACCUUGAAGGUUCGAGUCCAAUCCAAAUCCCUGGCUUAGCUUCAGGAAGUGUGAGAGCCUGUAGACUACAAUCCAAAAUCUUCUGUAACAACAGAUCAAGCACCAUUAGGGGGAUUUUUAAGGAACACUGGGUACCACCAAAACAUGAUCGUGCUUUUCCCUGUUUUCAAAACCAGAAAAAUGAAACAACCAGAAGCUAAAUUGAAUCAAAAUGUCUUUGGCUUGUUAGUGUGUGGUGCUUGUGUGGUUUGUUAGAAAUGGGUCAUUCAGUGGAAUCAAAGUGCAUUUGGCAAAAGUGAGUGGAAUAAGUCAAAUAGCGACAAUCAGGCGAAAUGUUUGUCGUCUGCAUCCGUUUCACAUGUCACCGCAGCGGCCAAAUCUGAUUCUUUUUGUAAACAACCCGGUGGCUGGUGAUCAACGUUUGAGUCUGAGUGGAGGCCCGUGUUCAAGGUCAGCUGCAGCGAGUCAACAGAAACUCAAUUUCAGUUAAAAGUUUUCGGCAAAACGUUCCAACAUGGAGGUUUCAAGAGAGGGCUCGAUCAAAAAGCUCCACGUAGCUUAUUGAUCGAACCACCUCGGCUCUGAGAACUUUGUCACUCCAGCUGUCGUCGGAGCUGCUUUGCUUCCCAUCACAGCGAGAGUGCAACAAUCUGUAGCAUCGGUUGCAAAAUCACAUGACGUGAGAUACGGGACACGAAUAACAGAACACAAACACGCACCCACAGAAUAAAUGAGAGUUGUGUAACUGUGAGCAAGGGUCAGGCACACACAAACACACAUGUUUCCUAAAAAGCCAGUUCUGAGAAAUCCUUGCAUGGAGACGGACAGUCAUGCCUGUUUGUUCUAGCCUCUGUGUGGAUUUACAGUAACUCUAUCUCACAGAAAAAAAAAAGAUAAAGAAAAAACACCCGAGACAUCUCAUCUCUGGCUCUGCCUCCUCUGCCUGUGUAUAAUCAAACAGUACUCCCAUUUAUGUUAACCUAUGCAUUACUAUCAUUCAUUGUACAUGAUGGUUUCAUAUAACAGAACUGUAUUAAGAAUCCUAUCCACUGUAUAAUGGUGCUAUUUUGUAGUUUGUUACUUGCAAGAGAUGGCUAAGACAGACAGAUGGCAGGGCUUUCAUCGGAGGUCUUCCCUUUUGCACAGCCUUGUGGCCACCAUUUUAAUAGUGUUUUUAUUUGUAAGCUGUUUCAAUAAGGUAGUAGUGUAAGCGAGUAAAUGUAUCUGUGUGAAAUCUGUGAAUGCAUGGAGAUUAAAAAAAAAAAAA